UUGUUUUUGUUUUUUGUGAAUAUGGGCAGCAAAUAGCCUUGCCAACCGAUAUGCAAUGGCAACAGCUGUUGUGGUUGGCGAAAAGCCCCCCGAUGCCGAGGCUUCCGCUCAAGGCGAUAGCCACGGCACAAAGAGAGGGCGGCAGGCCUCCAAGAAGAAGGUAGCCAAGAAAGCACUGGUGCUCCCAACGCCAAUGCCACCAAUUGGUCAGAAAGCCUUCAUUUGCGAAGGGACUUCCUGUGAUCUAGUUCGGCGAGUGCUCACACACUGGGGCUGGACGGAGAGCCCCGUGGAGAGGCCAUCGGCUUGUCAGUUGAAAUGGACUUUUCGAUCUCGAGAUGCGGAGAAGUCUGUGCUAGAACCCUGGCAGCUGAUCAAUCACUUCCAUGGCUCCUACUAUUUGAGCAACAAGGCCUUCCUGGGGCAAUGCCUCCAGAGUUGCUCCUGCUGCUCCUCUUUCUUUCCACGGCAGUACGACCUGCGGGACGCCUUCGGCAUGCGCUGCUUUCUCCGGGAUUAUGUCUUAACCGCGGCUGAGCAAGUCCUGCGCAGUCCUGCAGCUAAGAUCCCAACCUCAGGUGGCAUCAGCCCUAGGGAAGUUGCCCUACGGGUACUUCGGAGGUACAAGGAAUGGUCGAAAGGCCAUGCCGACCAUCCCGAACGACUCUUGCGGUGUCCGCAUGAGAUUGCCGCCCUGCUUGGGCAUGGGUGCUUGCUGCCUCGCAAAAUCAGCGUGCAUCAACGGAUACACGUGGAUGUGUUCUUAAGCCGCUCUAUGCGGUCUGAGUGUCCAGUUUGCCAAGAGGAUCCAAAGCCUCAGAGUGGUGACAGCCAUCCUUUGCAGCAACGAUAUCUUGAUGGACCGCAAAACAUCUGGGCGCUCAAAGAGCCAUGCGUGCAGAAGGGCAAGGGCGUGACGAUCCUUUCAGGUUUGGCACCACUUCUGGAAGACUAUGAACAGCAUCGUGCGACAGGUCAGGGCCGUGACUGUGUAGCGCAGAAGUACAUUGAGCGGCCUUUGUUGGUGAACCAGCCCCAUGGUCCUGCCAAAUGCGACCUUCGAGUUUGGGUGUUGGUGCUGGAUUGGAAUCCUUUGACGGUCUUCGUGCAUCCUGAAGUCUACUUUCGGAUUGCAACGCGCCCCUUCCAAUUUGAUUCCAUGGAGCCUAAUGCACACAAGACCAACUGCAGAGACACGGAAAAUCGUGUACCAAUGAAGGUGCUUUUUGAGUCAGUGGGCCACGGCGCUGCAGAGCGCUGGAAGACCAGGACCUGGCCUAGGCUUCUCGACGCUGUUCGUGCCAGCCUGUUUGCCACCCAAUGCACAAUGGCGUCCAACCGAAAUACAUCAGCGAAGGCCUUCGAGCUUUUUGGUCUGGAUUUUGGUUUGGAUGAAAGUUGGCAGCCAUGGUUGCUGGAAAUCAAUACAUCUCCCUGCAUGCUGGACGACUGCAAGGGUGAGUACGAAGAGGAGAUCAAGGCAUGGGCCUGGGAAGCUACUGAGUCGCUCUUGAAGCUGGUACUGGCAUUUCACGAUGGCUCAUGGAAGUUGCCCAGCUAUGUGGAAUUGCUGCAGAAGAGCGCAGAAGAGCGCAGCGGCCAAGGAGGUGUGGAAAGACUUUUUGAAGAGGAGGUGGGCAGAGCAGAGCACUCUCCCUGUUUGGGACGCAUGGUGAGAUCCGUAUCUCCGUGCUUGGCAUCGGGCCUGAGCCUGGAGGGUCCAUGCGGCCGUUGGUGCUUGAUACUACGGGAAAAGGUGUUAGAUGAGAUGUCCCUGCGACAAGCGCACGAGGCCUUGCAGAGGCGCAUUUUUCAGGGUGUCUCAGCAAGGGAGACCAGCGUCAGCAAGUUGUUGCGAGAGUGGCUGUUACCCUCUGAAGAGGAGCCAAUUUCGCAGGCCUGACGGUGCUCAGGAGGGUAUGAAACUAACCCAGCUUUGCAAUCCAACAGCAGGUAGCAACUCAAUUGACUGGAACUUUUCAAUCACUCCAACCAUGCUUCGCACAUGUACGCCGAAUCCAUUCGUGAAGUGCAAAGGCAGCUGGCAGGGGAGCAAAAACGGAAGCAGGAACUGGGGUCCAGGAGCUGGGGAGCAGGCAAGAGGAAAGCGCAGCAGAACUACAAGCUAGGUAUGUCAUGUACAAGCACCUGCCGCACGGUUGAUCUUACCAAGACUACCGCGUAGAAAGAAUGAAUUGUAACAUGAAGAGAAAGCACACCACAAGUGCAUUUGCUGGGUAUCUGCAACUGCCUGUGGCCUUGCUGCGCAUGCAACAUGUUUUGCGCUGCAUAGAAGCACUUCUUCGUAGCUGGCACUAACAGUGGAAAAGCUGUUGCGAAAAUGCCCUGCUAAGUAUGUGGCCUCCUUGCGCAAAGAAGAUGUUUUGUGCUGAAUAGAAAGAAUGCUUCGCAACGGAGACACCCCACGUGCAACACCCGGCUAAGUACAUGCGCAUGCCUUUAGCUGCUACGCAUAGAGCAGGUCUAUGGUGUGUACAGAUGUUGCCUGUGCAGAAAGGUCCUGCUAGCUACACGCAACUGCCUGCGGCAUAGCGACUCACAGAACACAUAGCUUUUGGUGCGUAAAAAGCCUUCGCAGCGGAGGAAGGAACCACGCCACAAAUACAAAACUGUUGCCGGCGCAGAAACGUCUUGCAACUGCCUGUGGCCUUACUGCGCAUACAAUAUGUUUUUCGCUGCGUAGAAAGACUGCUUCGUAGCGGCGACAAAUGGCACACUACAAGUGCAAAGACUGUUGCCGGUGAAGCAACGUCCUGCAAGGGACACGCUACUGCCUGUGGCAUUGAUGCGCAACGAACACAUUGUAGUCUUAUGGUGUGUGGUUUCAAGGUGCGACAUGGAGGUCUGCCACCAAAAUCAUAGUCUUACGAUAUCUCCAAUAUGUCACGUUGUUCGCCCGGCCUCUCCGAACGCAGCACGCAAGGAUGAAAUUCUGUUUUUUCACCGCUCCCACCCCAGACACCACCCAAGGUUCUAGACAGUGCCUAGAUUUCCACGACGGAAUGCAGGUUUUGGAGCGCUGUAACUGCGCACCACUGCGCUCUGCUGUUGGGAAAUAUGUUAAACAUUGUAAAAAACCAUUGAUCGCACUGGAGCCGCUCAGGAACCUCCAAGUGCCUCACGGGCCUUUGCCGUUUGACUGGUGAUUCUUUUCAAGACAAGAAUUGUGCAUGAGUCUUGGGAAGCUGGCAACCAAGUCUUUUGGGAGUAUGACGGGUUUUGUACAUGCUGCCAAAAAUUCAAGGAGAUGCAUGGGGCAUACAUCAGCGUGUUUGCUCAUCUUACUUCAAACGCUGUGCCAGGCAGCAAGGCGCAUGUCAAAGACAUGCCCCAAAAUGCAACUGGUUUGCAAUUAAACUAGAACAGAAAGAGUUUGGAUUCUUCCUUCUUGUCAUUAACUGACAGUUUUCCCAAAAACCGACGCUGUAAGGUCCCUCAAACGGGCAACCAGCCAACCUGCAGCUUUACGCACACAGACAGAAGGCCCCGGUCUGGUGGUGGUCUUUCAGGGCGUUGGACAAAAGAGGAUAAUUUUCUGAUUUCGAUCGGCCUGGACAAUGCAAUCCCCUCGAUCAAUUUGGGUUCUUUUGCAUCCUCACAAGCCAUGUUCCAGGAAAUUCGAAAUUAAUCUUUCGUGCUAUACCCUUCAAAUCUGGAACACUACAACUUUAGUAAAACAUAGAAACACA